AGUGUCAAAUCGCAGGCAAAUCGAGCAAAGCAAAUAGCAGCAGCCAGCGUCGGAAAAGUACUAGAAAAAAAUCAAAUCUGUAGAAAAGUUAUACUGCGGUUGUUUUCCCCGAAAAAUAAACUAAAGCAGUGUUACUAGGCAGCCGAAGCUAAAUCACAGUUCGUAGGCCAUUUUCGAAUCGUUUCGUUUUCCUUUGCUGAGGAGCAAAAUCUAUUGAAGUUUCGUCAGUAAAUAAUUCAGAAUUCAUCGUCAGCGUUUCAAUCGGAAGGUAGCCGUAAUGUCGCACACGAUCCUGUUGGUUCAGCCCGGCCGUAACCCGGAGACGCGCACCUACAGUGACUACGAGAGUGUCAACGAGUGUAUGGAGGGUGUGUGUAAAAUCUACGAGGAACACCUGAAGCGGCGCAACCCGAACACACCAACUAUCACGUACGACAUCAGUCAGCUGUUCGAUUUUGUGGAUCAGCUAGCAGAUCUGAGCUGUUUGGUGUACCAGAAAUCGACCAACACAUACGCGCCAUAUAAUAAGGAAUGGAUCAAGGAGAAAAUCUACAUUCUGCUGAGGCAAGCGGCCGGACCUACGGAAUAGAAGAUGGCUAAAGUGGUGGGAGCUGGAUCGCGCGACUUGGGUAAGGUAUUGUUUACGUCAAACAGUCACCUUUUGGAACUUCAGUUUUGGUUUCUGAAUCACAGAAACUGUAUUUAGUGAUUUUUAAAGAGAAAGCAGCUUUCAUAUAGUUUUGACAUAAUUUGAUUUCUGGUAGACGGGAUCUGCUCCGGUUUAAGUCCGCUUUCUUCAUUUCCGUUUUCUACCGAUCACAAUAACGUGGUCCAGCGAGAGCAGAAACUGGUAGUUUUUGACAAAAGCAGAUAAUUCGUAGCUUAACUACCGGUAGGACGAGUACCGGAAUUGAGUGUGGAAGAUUACAACGGUUUUGUAUUUAAUCUACUGCACAUAAAAUAAUAAUAAACAAUACUGAGAGACAAAAAAUAAAAUGAUAAUAGUUAAACGACGUUCGUUUGAGUUGAUAGCUUUCUUUCCGAAUCAGUCUGUAUUUGCUCAAAAAGCAAUUGAGAAGUUGGAGCUGUAGAAACUCAUGACACCUAUUGCAGGAUUCGGUGUACUCUUAGAACAUAAUAUAAAACAUAGUACAUAACACAGUGUAUUGAUGGAUAAUGCAAUGGAAUUUGUUUAUUCAGAAAAUUAAUCUACUUAUUUGGUAACUGA